CGGGAUGCAGGCUAGCUUCAUUUAGCAGUAACGCUCUUAUUUACGCUUUUAUUCACUCCGGGGACAAUGGCAUGAGAUAACGUUACACAACGGAUGUCAGAAUCAGCUCAAGUUAACGGAAACCGGUGUCGCUGUGGGACGGGAAACCCCGCUCUGUGGAGGUUUGUUGUGUAGGUUAGCUACCUAAGCUAGCUAGCAGUCUGCUUCUUUUAACGGUUAGCUGGGAGUUAGCCCCGGAGCAGACCGCUAACCGCCGCCUGGACCCAGCGACGUUCAGUCCGUCCCGGGGCUGCCUCACACGAUGGACGGAGACGCGCCGCUGUAGGAGAAGCAGAGCUGGGAGACCUGCAGGAUGCGGUAGCGGAUGUAGUUAGCAUCAGGCCUGAAUACCAGCACACCUCAACCCCUCCUUGCUUCCUUCCUUCCUUCCUUCCCUACCUCCCUUCUUCCUUCCUCCCUAGCUGCCCCAGGACUACAGACCCCCUGUUCUUCCAUGAUCACAAUGGAGUCCGUCCUCAAUCCGCUGCCACAGUUCCCAGAAAGCUCCUAUAAAAUGACUGAGGAGGAUGUGAAGAGGCUGAUUGAGUUCAGAGCGUCCAACGAGGCCCUGUUCACAGGGAAAAGAAACUCUGCAAAGAUCGCGUGGAGCACCAUCUUAAAAGGCCUCGGCCUGGAAGGGAAGCUGACGGCCGACCAGAUCGCCAAAAAAUGGGACAACCUGCGGACUAAAUACAAGGACCUGAAGCAGCCCUACCAGGGCCAGGACAACAUCGGGGGUGUGGUGGAGUCAUGGCCCUGGUUCCACAUCAUGGAUGAAGCCAUGCAGGGUCGCCUCUACAACAGCAACCUGGUGCUGAGCCCGGAGACCGCCGGCAGCGUCGGCCACCGCUGCAUCAGCCAGCAACACCAGAACCAGGAGAACACCGACAUCCUGGAAUUCCUCAUCAAAACGGAGAUGGAGGACACGGUGGCGGCGGAGAGCGCAGAGGACGACGGGACGGUUCACGCAGAGGCUCCUCCUGCCGAAGGAGUCCCGAUGGGCUGGAGGAGGAUGACCGAGUGCUCCUACAAAAUGACUGAACCAGAAACAGAAAGAAUGAUCAAACUUCGAGCUGCGAACGAGGCGCUCUUCACCGGCAGGAAGCAUUCAGCCAAACCAGCCUGGAGGGCCAUUCUGUACGAGCUGGGUCUUCAGGGGAAGCUGACCACAGAUCAGUUAGCGAAGAAGUGGGACAACCUGAAGAGGAGAUACAAGGAGCUGAAAUUUCCCGCUCGAGGCGUGGAGACCAACCCGAGCUCCUGGCCCUGGUUUUACCGCAUGAACGACGCCAUGGAGGGACGUUUCGCCGGGGUGGCACCCAUCCUCACACCCAUCGUAGAGGACGAGGACGAGGACUGCGAGCCGCUGUCGCCGACGCCCAAGAAACGAGCCCGUCGGAGCCGAGGGGGGAUGACCGAGUUCCUGACGGAGUCCGAGAUGGACCUGCUGGUCGACAAUGAAGAGAAGAACGGCUCCACGGCGCUGGGGGAGCUUCACCGAAUGGCCGAGUUUACCUACAAACUGACGGAGGACGACACCAGGCGGCUGAUCGAGUUACGAGCUGCUAACGAGUCUCUGUUCACCGGGAGGAGGAACACCGCCAAGCCGGCCUGGAGGGGCAUCGUGAAGGAGAUGGGUCUGACGGGGAAGAUAACACCUGACCAGGUCGCUAAGAAGUGGGACAACCUGAAGACCAAGUUCAAGGACCUGAAGUUUCCUCCUCGGGGGAUGGAGGGCCAGACUAACCCGGCCUCCUGGCCCUGGUUCCAGCUGAUGAGCGACGCUCUGGAGGGACGACUGGCGGGAAAAGCUCCCAGAGUGACGCCGGUGUGGAGCAGCGAGGAGGACGGCGUGUUCGGCUCGUCUCCGCCUCCCGACAGGGACUGUUUACUGGCAGAGAGGAGCAGCGUGUCGGAGCUGGAGAGCAUGGUGGGCGGAGAUGGCGGCGAGGCCGAUGGGAACGUGACCUACAUCGACGCCAGCGGAGAGGAGUGCUCGACGCCCUCUGACCUCUCUUAUAAAAUGACAGACCAGGACACCAGGAGGAUGAUUAAGCUGCGAGCUGCUAACGAGGCGUUGUUCACCGGGAGGAGGAACGCCGCCAAAGCCGCGUGGAAGGCCAUCCUGAAGGAGCUCGGCCUGCAGGGAAAAGUCUCCACCUACCAGAUGGCGAAGAAGUGGGACAAUCUGAAGAGGAGAUACAAGGAUCUGAAGUAUCCUCCUGUCGGGAUGGAGAGCGUGGCAGACGGCACCUCCUCCUGGCCGUGGUUUCACCUGAUGAACGAAGCCAUGGAGGGCCGCCUGGCGAGCAGCGCCCCCCUCCUCACGCCCGUCACUCAGGACGACGAGCAGCAACCGGACCCCGCCCCCAGACAUCGCCCCCGCCCCGCCCCGCCCCCUCCCCCCUCGUCCUCUUCGGACUACAGACAGGAAGCGUUCGCGGACGGCGCCGAGCAGAGCCAGCGGAGCUCGGAGGCGUGUGACGGCCCGCUGGGAGGACUGGAGAGGGAGUGGGAGAUGGUGGAGAGGGAGAGGGCGGCGCUGGAGCGAGAGAGGGAGAUGGUGGAGAGAGAUAGGGCGUCUGUGGAGAGAGAGAGGGCGACGGUGCAGGCCGAGAGGCUGUGGCUGGAGAGGGAGAGGGCGGCGGUGGAGAGGGACAGAGCCAUGGUGGAGCAGGAGAGAGCCACGCUGGGCCGAGAGAGGGAGGUGCUGGACCAGAGGGCCUUGAUGCUGAACUCUGUGGGACACUCCGGACACCUCAAUGCCCUCAUGUAGACCAUCGUGCCGUGGGGACGUAGACCGCCCCUCUAGAGACACCCUGAUCCGUCGCGGAAGUCUGGAGGAGUAAACCGCACUGACGGACCACUGAGGAGAUCCAGACCUGAUCCACCACUGUGGUCGAGCCACGUUUGGAUGUAGACAUGGUGGCCUUCCCCAGAGGUGGGUGAAGGACGGAGAACUGAGCCCGCGGGGUCACCGGUCCCGGAGAUGUCCGCCACCCGGGAUGUAGACCACAUUCACAGGAGAGCUGCACGAUUACAGAACAAUCACCUCCAUCGUGGUUCUGCUCCCACUUUUAUUUAAAGAGUCUGAUCUGGAUUCGUCAGACCGACACUCACAGAAUGAUAUAAAGCUUAAAAACAUCCUGAUUUAAAGAAAAAACAUGAACAGAAUCACUUUGUUUGUUUUAAAUGCUUAAACACAAACAUUUAAAUACCUCAUGUUGAUGUUUCUCAGUUUUGUUGUUUUAAAGAAAGAAAAGAUCCAGAGGGAUCAGUUCUCUCUGCA